AACCUCCACCCAACAAGUGAAUUAUAUCGCUGGUUAAGUGAACUUGUGACUCAUUUAAAUCUCGUGGUUCUUGACCCGGCUUUGCCGAUAGUACAAACAUUUCUCAGAUGAGUUCUGAUUUCUGCACUUUUCACACAUGAGAUACUCGAAACCUACAAAAAACACAAUCAUUUCCCAUCUACAAAACUGCAAUUAAUUUACAAUUCAGCAUUUCAACUGUAGAGGAAUUUAAUUAAAAUCAAAACAGUAUCUCUACAGCAGUGUACAACGUGGACGACAGAAGCGCAGAGAAAUGAUCACAAUGUCAGCUUAUGUUGGGCAACAAGACUCUCCAUAUGAGGGAGAGCCCCCAAAUGUCGAAGAAGAGUUCGAAGAAGACACUGGAAUCCCGGAAUACAAGAUCACUCGUGGCUUUGUGCGAGACCGUUGUAUGCAAACAUCUUCCGACAAUGAAGAUAGCUAUGUAGAUAUCUCUUCUGACCCUGAAGAUAACCCAACAGAUGAGAUAUAUGAGCGACGCCGCCAUAGGCAUGUUGCAUCCCAUUCUCAUUAUUCAAGAAAACUUUUAGGCCAUGGGAUUAACGCAGUAGAAGACGUGGUGUCGGCUGCUGUCGAUGUUGCCAGCAUUGCAAUCCGCGGUGUUGUGAGGAGGGCAAAGUUCUUCUGGGAGACGACCGACAAUGGCUCCACACCGCGACCAUUGUCCAGAUCUGAGCCAAAUAAGUUGAUCAACGGAAUGUAUUACGGUACUUUAGAUGAGGCGAGGAUUGACACGAAGAGGUAUCAUAAUAGACUGUGCAAAAAGAGCCAAGCAAAGCCACGACUACGGGGAUCAUAUCACGUAUCCAAUCGAUGCGGAAGGACUAGAGCACUGUCAACAAUCGAUUUACACCUAAGACGUAAUUACGAGGGACAUGCUUGCCAAAUCUCAAACCAAGUGCUCGGAACACGUAUCGCACGAAAUGAUUCAGGCGAUCUCAUUGAAGUCAGAGAAGGCGGUGACGAAUGUGCUUUUCUCGAAGCUCGAAAUUUGGAAUAUCUUGCAGCGGUUAAGUGUAGAGGCAGAGAUAAAAUCACGGUCUUGGAAAGCACAAAGCCACAUACAUCAAGUCGAGGUCUUUUCUCUGGCAUCGACGACUUUUCCGAGCUCGAAAAGAAGGACCCAGACAUUGUGAGAGACGGCGACACCGUCUGGCUGCCUGACAGAUAUACCAAGCUCAAAAACAUGACCGAGCUGGCUGUCAUGUAUAGUACAAAGGCUAAGAUGAAAGAGAGAUUACAAGAACGAAAGAAGAAGGAUCUGGAGCGUAUGAAGAGAGAAGAUGCGAGAGAGCGGAGAGUCAAGGCAGAGAUCAGCAAGAUUCGACAAGAAGAGCAGAAUAGGCUCCAAGUGCUGACCGAAAACGAAGAGCGCUUGAAACGGGAGCUGGAAGAGUGGCCCGAUGCCUACAAUGGCAUGCUUGGUCAACAGGAACAAGAUAGCAGCGACACAGACGAGCCUGUUACUGAGGAGGUAAGGUUUGCUAAAUACCUUUGGGAGAAGCAAGAGGCACGUGAAGUGGGAGAGAAGAGAAUGCUUCUAAGGCGCCAGUACGGGGUAGAUCGACCACGUAUAGAAAUGGACAGAGAUGAACUCCUGGACCCAAUGAAGCAUUUGUGCUUGAGUGAGCGGUCAAGGAAAGAGGCCCAGGCGCUGUUCUCAAAGGAUAGGCAAGUCAGGAAGGCCAAUGAGCGAGACGUCUUCCAAAAGCUUAAACCGGUUUUUGAUGCGUAUUUGAAGAGACGGUUGACGAUGUGAGAAACCCUGGAUGGCGAACGUCAUCCGUGGAAUACUACCUACAUUGAUCUUGCCAGCGUUGAGCGGACAAGGAGACGGAACGAGACUGAAGUUCAUGAUAGGCUGCUUCCCAACACACGAUAUACUGUAAUCUAUAGAACGCUAGCAGAAGGUGCACCCAAACAAUGCAUCUACAAAUAUGAGUGUCUUCUGAUCCG